CAGUACUUUUUAUUUAUUUAUUUAUUUCAAAUUCGGUGCAUUUUCGCAUAUUUUGAUGCAUUUCGGUUCUUGAUCUUGAUGAUAAUUGUAACAAGUGACAUCUGUCAUCAUUCUUUUUCUCAUGGUACAUAGUUGUCAAUGGUCAAAGCUAAGGUGCCUCUGAGUCUUCAACAGUGGAAGCCUCUAGACUCCAGCAUAGCCUUUGCCUAAUUGCCAGUUUACACCUGGCUCAUUGUUAUUUGAUAAGAUUAUUAAUGCACUGUUUAUCCUUGCUAUCUCUUACGUGGUAUUAUUAUCUUGCCAGUGCACCAUGGAACUUUCGCUCACGAAGAAAGAUCAACAAAACAGUGAUGACCAAAACAGCCAUGGUCAAUAUAGCGGUGACCAAAACAAUGACGACCCAAGCACCGUUGCCCGCAGCAAAGAUGAGGAAGUCCUAGUGGAUGCUGCCACCCAGGCACUCAAAACUGGAUCAGCAGACCAUUGUGUUAUGGGUGUCCAGCUUAUAUCUCAACUGAUUGCUGAAAUUAACGAAGUCUCAAAACCUUUUGCAAAGAAAUUCCUCAAUAAAAGGAGUAAGACUAUACAGCCAUUCAGAGACAUUCGCCUCUUCAGUAUCUUCCAGCUGUCCUGCACACUUCUCAGAACAGCCCUUGGGAAUGUGCAGACACUCAGUUUCGCUGAUGAGAGAGUGCAUGCAUUGAUGACUCGUGUGCUUCAGUUGGCACAGAGAUGUCUUAUAUUUAACUCACGAGAGACAGCUUCAGAUGAAAGUGGUGAUGAGAUGGUCAUAGUAAAGAUCCCCACCUCCUGGAGGCCUGCCUUCUUAGACAUGUCAACUGUUCAGCUGUUCUUUGACUUGUAUGCACAUCUCCCUGCUACACUGUCCUCUAUGACUUUAACAUGCUUGGUGCAGCUUGCCUCUGUGAGGCGAGAUAUUUUCAGUAUUAAUGAGGAACGGGUCAGGUUUCUCUCUCAGCUCACCAAUGGAGUUAGGAAUAUGCUAAAGAAUCCACAGGACCUGAGUCACCCCUCAAACUACCACCAAUUCUGCCGACUGGUGUUGCGGCUGAAAAGGAACUACCAGAUUGAUGAGCUGGUGUCAGUGGAGGACUACUCUGAUGCCAUCCAGCUAAUUGCCCAGUUCACUAAGGACUUUGCUCACAAGUGGCAGUCUGCAUCCAAGAGCAUCUGCUGUCUACUGUCCUUCUGGCAUAACAUGGUGUACUGCUCCCACUUCAUGCUGAGCAAAAGGCCCCACCUGCUAGAGAUCUACACCCAUGAAAUAGUAAAGGUUUAUAUAUCAUUUUAUCUAGAGAGUGCAAGUGUAGUGCAGCAUGAAGGUUUGGAAGAUCCUCUAGAUGAUGUCUCUGUUAUUCAACCACAACUACAAAUGCUUUUAUCCAUUGGACGAUAUGAAUAUAGCAGGACAUAUGAGCUGCUUGUACAAGUGUUUGGACAGACUGCACAGCACUACCAGCAAGUGAUAACAGCACACUUGAACCAUGAGUUUCAGCAACACUCCAUGGAAGACAUUGCAGUAUUAGAAGGUCAGUUAACGUGGCUUGUGUACAUGAUUAUCUCUGCGAUUGACAGGCGAUCACUUUCUGCCAGCAGUGAUGAUGCUGAUGCCAUGGAUGGAGACCUGGUUUGCAGGGUGUUGCAGCUUAUGAACUUCACAGACCCAUGUCUACCUGGAAGAGGCUGUAAGAAGUGGGAGUUGGCCUUAAUAGCCCUUUUUCAAAAACUUCUGAGAACAUAUGUUAGUGGUCAAAUUCAUGAAACUUCAGGAUUCUAUGGAUGCCUUUCACAGACCUUAGGAAUUAAUGAUGAAUCAAAGAUAUUAGCAGUGUUUAUGCAAAAAAUCAUUGUGAACUUGAAGCACUGGAGUCACUGUGAGCAACUCCUACACAAGACCCUAAGACUUAUGUUGGACAUCACUGUGGGACAUGAACAGGCAAUGAAGCUUGCCAGACUUGAUGCUGUGCAAGUUAUGCUAAACAACCACACAAGUGAACAGUUUCCUUUCUUGGCCAUUGGCGAGCCUGUGCAAGUGAUGAGACACCGAACGUCCUUCUAUACCUGUCUUGGACGGCUUCUCAUACUGGAUCUUGGAGAAGAUGAAGAGAAGUUCAUACAGUUCAUGAUCCCAAUUACAAGUGCACUAGACAAUGUGAAGCAACUGCUGGCACAGGCCGACACUCCUGUGUUUCGGGCUGAAGAGGCCAAGAAGGAGCUCAUUGGGCUUGCUAGGGAUCUGCGGGGACUGGCCCAUGGACUUGAUUCUCCCAUCUCCUGUAUGAUGUUCUUUUACUGGAUUUAUCCCACCUGCACAGCAAUCAUGAUCCAAAGCAUGGAGAUCUGGCACCAUGAUCCUCAAGUCACCACACCAGUGCUGAAGCUCUUUGCUGAAAUAAUCCAUAGAUCUUCAAAGCUGCAGUUUCAUGCAUCCUCAUCUAAUGGAAUCUUGCUGUUUCAGGAAGCCAGUAAAAUCCUCAGUACUUAUGGUUCUGGUGUUCUGGCCCAGAGUGAUAGCAUUCCAAAGGACCAAAUCUAUCCUAUGAGGUUGAAAGGCAUCAGCAUCUGCUUCUCCAUGCUCAAAUUGGCAUUGUAUCAAGACAUAUGGUCUGGUGGGAGGCUGCGUCAAUUUGGAGGUGACAUGUUAGCCACAGCCUUUUGCACCUUUGCUAAUUUGCUGCCUUGCAUACCACUGUCAGAUCUCCAGGUACAUCGUUAUCUGUCUCUUGACUACCACUCUGUCUUGGUAAUUAUGACAAGAGAUCACCUGAACUUCAUCGUUACCCUUGAGCCAAAUGUGCUGCUUUAUAUUUUAUCUUCUUCAUCUGAAGGACUCUCUGACACAGAAACAUGCAGUUCAUGUUGUCUCAUUCUGGACCAUCUCUUCAGUUAUCUUUACAAGUGUCUGCAUCAUGAAACAGGUGAAAUGGACACAAUGAACUUAGAGAAUGACACCUUAGUGAAGUUAGUGCAGGAGCAGCCAUCCAUCCUGCACCAGAUAUUGACCACCACCCUAGAAAUAUGCAUGUCUGAGGAAUUCACCUUCACUGAAUUAAUAUCCCAACCCCUGCUGCCCCUCAUCCUGCUAAAUAGGGAGUAUUUUGGGCAGCUGAGGAAACCAAUCAUCAGCCGAUACACACCAGAAAGGCAGGCAGCGGUGGCACGGUGGCUUGAUGGCCUCAUGGAAGGCAUUGAGCCCAACCUCCUUAGUUCCAACAGAUGCAAAUUUAUGCAAAAUCUGUGCAACACUAAUUAGCUUACAGUGACCUGUAGCAAGAAAUGGUGGUGGGCCAGGGACUGGUCAUAUCUUGAAGUCACCACUAUCUGCAGCCCUGCCAAGAUACAUACCCCAAUCACUGUCAAUGCUACUCCCUGUCUGCACACAUACACACAUAUUCAUACAUUAUUCUGUUACCAAAGCUGUUAAAGAGGAUGGCCAUGAUGUGAUUUCCUUGGGCAGCACCUGAUCACCUCACAAGGGAUAGCUGAAAAAAUUAUUUGGACUGUUGUUGCUACAGAAAGACAAUGGUGCUUAACAGUGCCUUGUUUUGAAUAUUUGAUAAAAUUAAAUUUGAAAGCUAAGCAUAAAAUUUCAAUUUAUGCAUCAGACGUCCUCAAACUGUAGAGAAUCCAUUCAUGAAUUACUUUUUAUUAUAUAUUUACUUGUUAUUUUAACUAAUGAGUAUUCAAGAACUGCAAACAUGCCACCUAAUAUAUUGAAUGUGCUAUGUAUCUAUUUAUUCAAAACUAAUCUUUGGUGUUAUGUAAUGAAAAUAGCCUUGUAUUGAUGGAUACUUUAGGAAAUAGUAUGUUUGCAGGAUUUUUCCAUGCUAUAGGUCAAAGCUCAUAUGAUUAAUGACAUAAAAAAGCAGACCAGUUUUUUUUUUUUUUCUUUCUUUUUUAUGUUAUGGCCUAUAGUGCCUGUAGAUCUAUUUGAAGAGUAUGGGAAGUACUGUCCAGCUUCCACCCAUUAGUGGU